GCGACAGCAACGCGAAGGAUCUAUCGCCGUGGGAGUUAUGGGAUAGAAAUCGCUGAUGUUUUGUGUACUUUUUGGAACUGAAUAAACGGAAAACUCAACAAAACAAGGACCUGCACGUGUUCUAAAACGCAUUCGGUCCGGGCAUCUUUGGUAAAUGAGCUCGGAAAAAUGAGCAGACCUGAUCAUUUCUCAGGUUUGCUGCAUCCUCAGGCGCUGCGAACAACACCGCCAACAUCCAUGUUAUUGACUGCCGCUGAAAUCGUUUUGGGGAUUCGGACCUAAAAACAGAGAAGGAUCAUUUCGCCUUUUGUUCCUCUGGUUUUGGCGAGGGAAGAGGUCAGCGCUUUUGGGCGCAAGUAUUCGCAGAAUUCCGGUCGUUUUGGUUGCUGCAUGUUUUUGUAAAUAAUUUAUUCAGGGCUAACUGUUUGCGCGUUAAAAUGGCUGCUCAAAAGAUGUUAUUGGAAUAGAGUGGUUUUACAAUAAACUGUUGUGAAGCAGUAAUGGUCAGUCUUUAAAUGCGAAUUGUUGAUCGGGGACGAUGCGUUUCUUUUCACGGAAUCUUUGCGAUUCUGCCUUUUGGGGUGAAUUUGCGACCUCUUUCUAACAGCGGGAGGUGACUAACAAGUACAAAACACCUUUGAAUUCGUGGUCAAAUGUUCAUCUUCUUUUGUUUGCAGCAACAUAAUAAACCUGGAAUGAAGUUGUAAUGAAUGAGUGAAGUCCGGGGAUUUCUAUAAACAUGUACUUAUUGCUUAGCUAGCAUAGCUGGCUAGCUAACAUAUGUACAUAUUUUAAUGGCGGAAAACGAUCAAAUACGCGUUUAGCUGAGGAAUUCAUGUAGCCUACUGUCUUGGCCACAAAUGAUUAAUUAGUUUGAAUUCUCGGAAUAAUUAAAAAAAACCUUAACACACAAAAGUGAGAAGACGGAGGUCGUACCAACACACCCUGCAUCUUCCUGUCUCGAUCAAAUAAUAAAAUGGAUGCUGGACAUACGCUGAGAAAAGGGAUGAUUCUUUUCGCACCGAAGAAGUACGCGCACUGUGGAUUGCAACACGUCAACAGAUAUUUGCUGAUUUAUAUUAUGUGUUACCUGCUGGUUUGUGCCGAAGGCUCCCCUUCCAAAUCAUGUGAUAAAAACUGCUUUUCUGGAAAAUGUUUCAAUGGAACAUGCGUCUGCGACCGCGGAUGGGUCGGGGAGCAGUGUCAACACUGCCAGGGAAGGUUCAAGUUAACGGAGCCGUCGGGCUUUCUGACAGAUGGGCCAAUCAACUACAAGUACAAGACAAAGUGUACCUGGCUCAUCGAAGGAUACCCGAAUGCGGUCCUGAGGUUAAGGUUUAACCAUUUCGCCACUGAGUGUAGCUGGGACCACAUGUACGUGUAUGAUGGGGACUCCAUAUACGCACCUCUGAUCGCUGUGUUCAGCGGCCUCAUCGUCCCGGAGGUUCGGGGGAACGAGACGGUGCCGGAAGUGGUGACCACCUCCGGAUACGCACUCCUGCACUUCUUCAGCGACGCUGCGUACAACCUGACGGGAUUCAACAUCUUCUACUCGAUAAAUUCCUGUCCCAAUAACUGCUCGGGUCAUGGCAAGUGCACGACGGGGAACGCCAUCUCCAGCAGGGUGUACUGCGAGUGUGAGAAGUACUGGAAGGGCGAGGCCUGCGACAUCCCCUACUGCAGGAAUAACUGCGGCAGUCCAGACCACGGAUACUGCGACCUGACCGGCGAGAAGCUGUGCGUCUGCAACACCAGCUGGCAGGGUCCGGACUGCUCUCUGACAGUUCCGUCCACCGAGUCCUUCUGGGUCCUGCCCAACAUGAAGCCGUUCAGCCCGUCGGUGGGUCGGGCUUCCCAUAAGGCCGUGGUGCAGGGGAAGCUGAUGUGGGUGAUCGGAGGCUACACUUUCAACUACAGCUCCUUCCACAUGCUGCUCAAUUAUGAUCUGGAGAGCAGCAUCUGGAAUGUUGUACCCAUCAACAGCGGCCCCCUCCAGCGGUAUGGCCACUCCCUGACUCUCUAUCAGGAUGAGAUCUACAUGUUUGGUGGGAAGAUGGAGAGUGGCGCAGGCAAUGUGACGGACGAGCUGUGGGUCUUCAGCCUGGCGACGCGCUCCUGGUCCCAGCGCACGCCCAACGUCCUGGCUCACGGCCAGCUGUACGCUGUGCAGGGACACACCGCCCACAUUGUCGAGCUCGACAGCGGAGACGCCGUCAUGGUGGUCUUCUUCGGCUACUCUUCCAUCUACAGCUACAUCAGCAGCGUGCAGGAAUACAACCUGAAGACGAACACGUGGCUGGUGCCAGAGACGAGCGGAGCCAUCGUCCAGGGCGGGUACGGUCACAGCAGCGUGUACGACCGCAUGACCAGGUCUGUGUAUGUUCACGGAGGCUACAAGGCUCUGCCCGGCAACAAGUACGGCCUGGUGGACGACCUGUACCGAUACGAGGUGCGGACGCGCACAUGGACGAUUCUGAGGGAGAGUGGUUUUGCCCGGUACCUCCACUCUGCUGUGCUCAUCAGUGGGGUGAUGCUCAUCUUUGGGGGGAACACCCACAAUGACACGUCGCUAAGCAACGGAGCCAAGUGUUUCUCCUCAGACUUCCUCGCCUACGACAUCGCCUGUGACGAGUGGACAGUCUUGCCGAGGCCCAACCUCCACCGAGACGUCAACCGCUUCGGUCACUCUGCGGUCGUCAGCAAUGGGUCCAUGUACGUGUUCGGGGGCUUCUCCAGCGUCCUGCUGAAUGAUGUCCUAGUGUACCGCCCGCCCAGCUGUGAGGCGUUCCGCUCUGAGGAGGGGUGUCUGCACCCUGGUCCGGGGGUGCGCUGCAUGUGGAGCAGGGGUCACUGUGUCCCCUGGGACCCCAGCCACUCCAAUGGCAGUGUCCCGGCUGCUUUCUGCCCCCCCAGAGUCCCAGCGUCAGACGAGAGGUGCUACCGGUACUCCGACUGCUCCAGCUGCACCGCCAACACCAACGGCUGCCAGUGGUGUGACGACAAGAAGUGCAUCUCCGCCUCCAGCAACUGCACCGUGUCGGUGCGGAACUUCACCAGGUGUCACGUCAGGAAGGAGCAGGUGUGCAGCAGACUGACCAACUGCAGGGGCUGCUCCCUCAACCUCAACUGCCAAUGGGAUCCGCAGCCUCAGGAGUGCCACGCCCUGCCCGCUCACCUCUGCGGGGAUGGAUGGAGCCGCAUCGGGGAGGCCUGCCUGCGGAUCAACUCGAGCCGCGAGAGCUAUGACAACGCGCAGCACUACUGCAAGAACCUGGACGGCAGCAUCGCCUCCCUCACCACCUCUAAGCAGGUGGCCUUUGUCCUGGAGGAGCUGCACAAGUACGAGCUGCAGGAGAAGAAGAUCUCUCCAUGGGUGGGGCUGAGGAAAAUAAAUGUGUCCUAUUGGGGCUGGGAGGACGCCUCCCCCUUCACCAACACCUCCCUGCAGUGGUUGCCGGGGGAACCCAACGACUCAGGCUUCUGUGCGUACCUGGAGCGCGCCGAGGUGUCCGGGCUGAAGGCCAACCCCUGCACUGCCGCCACCGACGGACUGAUCUGCGAAAAGCCAGUUGUGAGCCCCAAUCAGAACGCGCGGCCGUGCAAGACGCCCUGCGCGCUGCGUACCUCCUGUGGGAACUGUACCAGCCAGUCGAUGGAGUGCAUGUGGUGCAGCAGCAGCAGGCGCUGUGUGGACUCCAAUGCCUACGUCAUCUCCUUCCCCUACGGACAGUGUCUGGAGUGGCAGACCGGCGAGUGCGUCUCUCAGAACUGCUCGGGGCUGCGUACCUGCUCUCAGUGUUUGGAGCAGCCGGACUGUGGCUGGUGCAGUGACCCCAGUAACACGGGCAGAGGGCAGUGCAUGGAGGGCUCAUACCGCGGGCCCAUGAGGGCCGCCUCCAAGCAGAGCCGAGACAUGGUGCUGGAGCCGGGGCUGUGUCCCCGCGAGCGCGGCUACGACUGGGCCUUCAUCAGCUGCCCGGCAUGCCAGUGUAACGGCCACAGCACCUGCGUGAACGGCAGCGUGUGUGAGCAGUGCCGCAACCUCACCACCGGCCAGCAGUGCCAGACCUGCAUGGCCGGUUACUACGGAGACCCCACCAAUGGAGGGAAGUGCCAAGCCUGCAAGUGUAACGGCCAUGCCAACGUGUGCCAGGUCCAGACGGGAAAGUGCUACUGCACCACCAAAGGGAUAAAGGGAGACCAGUGCCAGCUGUGUGACUCUGAGAACCGUUACCUUGGAAACCCACUGAGGGGAACCUGCUACUAUAACCUGCUGAUUGACUACCAGUUCACCUUCAGCCUGCUGCAGGAGGACGACCACCACUACACUGCCAUCAACUUCAUGGCCACACCUGAACAGACCAAUAAGAACCUGGACAUGUCCAUCAACGCAUCAAACAACUUCAACCUCAACAUCACCUGGUCUGUGGGCUCCACAGCUGGGACCAUAUCAGGGGAGGAGGUUCCUAUCGUCUCCAAAAGCAACAUCCAGGACUACAGAGACAGCUUCUCCUGCGAGAAGUUCAGCUUCCGCACCAACCCCAACAUCACCUUCUACGUGUAUGUCAGCAACUUCUCCUGGCCAAUCAAAAUCCAGAUUGCCUUCUCCCAGCACAACAGCAUCUUGGACCUGGUGCAGUUCUUUGUGACAUUUUUCAGCUGUUUCCUAUCUCUCUUGCUGGUGGCAGCGGUGGUGUGGAAGAUCAAACAGACCUGCUGGGCAUCCAGACGUAGAGAGCAACUCAUGCGUGAGCGGCAGCAGAUGGCUAGCCGGCCGUUUGCAUCGGUGGACGUGGCGCUGGAGGUGAGGGCGGAGCAGACCGAGCUGCUGCAGGGGCCGGCCGAGGGCACCCCGAAACCCAUCGCCAUGGAACCCUGCUCCGGGGGCAAGGCCGCGGUGCUCACUGUCUUCAUGCGUCUUCCGCAGGGGUCGUCUGGCGUGCCCCCCCCAGGCCAGUCCGGUAUCGCCAUCGCCAGCGCUCUCAUCGAUACGUCUCAGCAGAAACCGCUGGACUUUAAGGAGAAGAGCACCGGGCUGAAGAACCGCAAACAGCACCCUGUGCCGCACCAGGGGACGUGCGUCUGACCCACACGGCCACAGCGCACGCGACCACCACCGUGGCUCUGUACACCACCGGGCUGGGCUGCCGGCAGGACACUGAGCUCCGAUCUCAUACCCACCCGCAGUGGUGGAACACGAACCACGCCUUCACCUCCACUACCUCCGUCUCUGUCACCCUCCCAAAACACACGCACCCUGCCCCCCCCAACCCCCUAUACCCCUCUCAUUC